AUGAAUAUGUUGGAUGAUGAAGAUGACCAAAGCUUUCACGCUACGCGUGACGGCUACUCCCAUUUGAGCGAUGUCGAAUGGGAUGCGGUUGAACGAAUGGGUUCGACCAUGGGCAUCCAUGCUGUUAGCGUCAUGCUAGAGGCUCUCAAUAGAGAUGCCCAACAUGCUACUAUCGCCAAGUUCAUUCAAAAUGAACUUGACGCAGAACGCGAGAAAGUAGCCUUGCUUCACCAACAAGGUUCUCAACAAGCAGAGUUGUUGAGAGAACAAGGUGCUCAACAGUUUGAACUGUUGAGACAGCAGCAGGCUGCUGCUGGCGGGUCGAUGCACUCGCGUCGGCCCGAGACUUUGAAGAUUGACAUCUCGGGUCAAAGUAUAGAGGGUCGAGGAAGACUCCCUCUUGAGAUGUCAAAUCUGGCAGGACGUGCCAAGACUUGGGCACUGGGGCUCAAGCUGCACGACCCAUAUGCGUUUGGGUCGUUGGAAGUCUUCAAGUCGCGGCUCAGACAAACGUUUGAACCGCCUAGAGCUGAGUUCAGAGCUCGAACCGAACUCUUGAAGCUCAAGCAGGGUAAGCGUGAUGUGCACGCUUACGCUCAACAUAUACGACAUCUCACGAGUUGUAUAAGUUCCAAUCCGGUGGAUGAACACACGUUGCUUUCGGUGUUCAUGCAGGGUCUUGCGGAUGGUCCCGUCAAGACUCACCUGUUCCGGCUUGAACUAGAUUCACUAGAACAAGCCAUUUCAAUUGCGGAGCAGGAAGACUUCAGUCUGAGACAGGCUCGCGCCAGCUCGACAUCAUAUCGUCAACCGAGACGAUAUGACAACGGAGGUCCAGAGCCGAUGGAACUCUGUUAUGUAGAGAGCGAGAAGGCUCGCUCUACAGGCUACAAGAAGUUGCAGAGAUGCAACAGAUGUCAAAAGACAGGACACUACGCUUACGAGUGUAGUGCCCCUCGUCCAGUGUCUCGCGACACUGGGCGUAGUGACCGUCCACCCAUGAGAAAGGGGCAGGGACGAGGGUCCGCAGUUGGUGCAAAGACGCAACAACGAGAUGGACCGUCAAAAAACGGACAGGAUCAGUAG